AUGGGAGGAUGUCUCUUCAGAGAAAAAGAAUAUGAAGAAUUAAAUACUCAACCUCUGUAAACCUAAUACACAGAUGAAUUGAUUGUGGAUGAACUUGAGGACAUUAGGGAUGUUGGCAAAAUUAAAAAUAGUGAGAUCUUGUAAAUUACUUUGCUAAAUCAAAAAUGUCUUGUACUCAGAAAACAUCAUGAAAAAAACAUCAAUCUAAGAGUAAUCGAAAUUGUGGGCAAUAGAAAUAUGAUGUAUUUAGAAAUUCACAAAUAAUUAUAGUAUGCUUUCAUGUAAUUAAGGCAAUGCCAAAAUUUUUUUAUUGGAGCUGUCACCAUGAAAGAUAAAUGCUAUAUGGUUUUGAGAAUCAUGCAGGGAUUAGCAGCUCAAGUUUCGGGUUAGGAGAUUCAAUGUUUGGGCAUUUCUGAAAAUUUGUCAGAAAUCAUCAAAAAACGAUUUGAUGACAAGUUCUUAUGCGUCGGAGUCAUCUACAUAGAAGACAUGGUCAUCUUAGUAUUUAGACAGAUAUUUCUCAAAAUCAAAUGUCCUGUUCUCUAGAAGUACACUUCCCCAAGCAAUAACACCCUAUGCAUAAUUUAAUAUGAAGGGUAAAUCUAUGAAUUGAUAAAAAUAAUAUGA